GAUGAAUAAGGGUGACAAAUCUCUCAGCUCUUUUCAAUUGAAACAUUUAAAGUAUAAGGAACAACGGCAAGGAAAGUUAGAUGCCCCAUCUAAAAUAGACAUACACGUAGUUGCAUCAGGAAGUUUCGGAACGUCUCCUUCUGUAUAUGUGGAUACAGAUUAUGUUAAAUAUCUAUUCAACUGUGGCGAAGGAACUCAAAGACUAUGCAUUGAACAUAAGGCGAAAAUUACCCGAAUAGAAAAUGUCCUUGUCACUCAUAAGAGUUGGAAAAAUAUAGGCGGGCUACUUGGUAUGGCUUUAACAUUGGAAGGUUGCAAAGUUCCAAAAGUAAAUUUACACGGACCUCCUAAUGUGGAUACCUUAUUUUCUGAAUCAAAAGGUUUCGCUCAAUUGCAUCAAUUACAAAUAGAAAAAGUAAAUCUGACUGAAGAUAAUUUUUAUGAGGAUGAAGCUAUGAGGAUAUAUGAGAUUCCAAUAUUUUCAUCAGAGCCCGAAGUUAACCUUAGCACUCUAAAACAAUCAAAAGAAAUAUGCUCUGAUAAACAAGAAAACUCUGUGCAAUAUGCCCUUGAAUUUGGAAACGUCCAGUCCUCAAAAAUUUUAAACUCAAGUAUUGUUUACGUUUGCAAACCUCACCCAAAACCUAGAAAUGUCGAUCUAGAGAAAUGCGUUGAUGUCGGCUUAACGCUUGGACCUCUUGUUGCAAAGUUAAAAAAUGGUGAAAGUGUUACUCUUGAAAAUGGCAAUAUAAUUAAUCCUGAACAAGUUUUGUCGCCACCGGAACCUGUCAGCACUUUUAUAGUUAUUGAAUGUCCUAGUGCUAAUUAUCUGGAUUCACUUGUUGAUAAUCAACAACUCAAAGCUUACACUGACAAUAAUAGCGAUAAUCAUUCCGAACUGAUAAUUCAUUUUACACCAAGAAAUGUCGUCAACAAUGCCAAGUAUAGGGAAUGGAUGGAAAGUUUUGGACCAAACACUAAGCACCUUCUCAUGAAAAAUACUGAUAGUGAUAUUGCUUAUGAAGCAGUUUGUAAAUUGCAAACUCAGCUAAAUAUGAUAAAUUCGGAUAUUUUCCCUACGCUGCCUCUGAUGAGAGACAGAGUUUAUCAAGAUCAGAAUAAUAAUUUUAUUGAGGCAGAAUCUAAUUUAACAUAUGUCUUUCGGUGUGGGAAAAAAGGAAAAAGAGGCUUUGUUAGAGAUAAAUGUAUCACAUAUAAGCCAGAAGAGUACAAAAAAGAAGUGUUUCAGACUCCAGAGAGUUUAAAAAUAUUGGCGGAUGUGAAGAAACAGUGCUUUAAUUAUACAUCAGCUAAAAAAAUUAAAGAAAGCUUCGAUCCCUGCUUAACUUUUUUAGGAACUGGCUCUUCACUUCCAAAUAAAGUUAGAAACGUUAGUUCUAUUUUACUGCAAAGUAGUCUAUCUAAGUACAUUCUUAUGGAUUGCGGAGAAGGCACAUACGGUCAAUUAUAUAGGCACUUUGGUGAGAAAAAAUGUGGCGAAAUACUGAGAAAUUUAAGUUUCGUAUUCAUAUCACACAUGCAUGCUGAUCAUCACAUGGGAGUCUUUGAAUUAGUAAUUAAGAGACGUGAGGCUUUUACUAGCAACAACGAAACCAUAUGCCCUCAACUGACAAUUGUCGCUCCUGGAAUAUAUUCAAAGUGGUUAAGUGUUUAUGACAGCGAAUGCGUGAAUAACAAAAUGACCGAAGUUAUUAAACUCCAUUACGCUGAAUCUUUGAAAGGAAAGAAUAGAUUGGAAGACCGAAAUAUAAAUUACUAUAAGGAAUUUUUACGUAAUCAUGAUUUAGAAGACGUUGAAACAGUGCCAGUUGUACAUCGACAAUAUCCACAUGGUUUAGUAAUUAAGCAUAUAGAUGGAUGGAAAUUAGUAUAUUCUGGAGAUACUAUGCCCUGCGAUCGCUUAGUGGAUGCUGGGAAAGAUUGUGACAUUUUGAUUCAUGAGGCGACUAUGGAAGAUGAACUUGAAGAAGAGGCUGCAACAAAGCGUCAUUCGACGACUACCCAAGCUUUAAAUAUGGGACGAAAAAUGGGUGCUAAAUUUACCCUCUUAACUCAUUUUAGUCAGCGUUAUGCGAAAGUUCCGAAGUUAGGUAACCAAACAGAAGAAGAAAAGGCGGGACUAGCAUUUGAUAACAUGACUGUAAAAUUCUCCAGUUUAAACACAUUACCCUUGAUCCAUCCUGCUCUAGGUGAGCUUUUUGCUGACGAAAUUGCCCAACUUGAACAGAAGACCUACAAAAGAAAAAUGAGGAAACAGCGAAGAAAAGACAAAGCUGAAGAGAAUCCAACUAAUUUAAAAGCAAAAAAACAAUUCAUCAGCGAUGAGCCGAAAUAA